AGAAACCUCUUCCUCUUCGUGUGAGUGACCUCAUACAGAAACCUCGUGACAAGCUCCAGUGCACACAUCCUGCCUCUUGUGCCUGCUGUGGGGCUUCUGCUCCAGUCAGACCUGGUAAGGCUGCUGGAGUCUGAAUCAUGUCACGCCAUCCUGUCAUCCUGCUGAUGCUUGUGCUGUUCCUGGGAUUGAAAAUUAACACACAGGAGGGUUCUCGGUCUGAUCCCACCAUCUACGCUGUGCCAGGUCCUGUGAUUGCCCAAGGGAGUUUUGUAACUGUUGUGUGCUCAAAGUCUGGUGACUAUAACAGAGUCCGCUUGGAGAAGGACCGCAACACCUUUAUGAAAAAGAAGACUAGUCCUAAUGUGAGAGAGGAUAGAUUCCGCAUUGGGCCAGUGGAUGAAACCAUUACUGGACAUUAUUCCUGUAUCUAUGCAAAGGGGGACAGCUGGUCCAAUCGCAGUGAGAAGCUGGAGCUGAAGGUGAUCAAGGAACCUGUCACCCAGGCUCCUGUCACCCAGUUUACUGUCACCCAGGCUCCUGUCACCCAGGUUCCUGCCACCCAGGUUCCUGUCACCCAGGCUCCUGUCGCCCAAUUUCCUGCCACCCAGGUUCCUGUCACCCAGGUUCCUGUCACCCAGGUUCCUGCCCCAGGCCCAACAGUGACCUCAGAUACAUCUGGGAUGAAGACGUACAGCAUUUACUUUUUUACUAUGGUCUCUGUGAUGUUCCUCCUUUGUCUUUCCCUCUGCUUCUUUAGCUACUGUCAAAAAAAGCAGGGACUCCCAGACAACAAAAGACAGCAGCAGAGGCCAAAGGAGAGGCUCAAGCUAGCUACUACUGGCCUGGAGAUGACUCCAGUUGCAGAUAACAGGCUUCCUGAGGACAGACAGAAACCUGGAUGCUAGUUGCAAGAGACCUUCAGGUAGUGACAUAUGCCCAGCUGGACCAUCACUCCCUCACACAGAGGGCAGUUGGAGCUGGGACCACGCAGAGCACAGAUAUCAUAGCUGAGUCCAUCACAUAUGCAGACAUUGCCAGAUGCUGAGCCUGGCACACGUGGAGACACACAGGGUCACUAUUGGAAAAGCCUGAAGGAACCACUAAGGCCUUCUCUUAGGAUCAGCCUGGUGUGGAAAGCUAGGUCCGUGUUCCCCAUCCAGGAGUUGAAAUGUAUAUUCGGUAGUGUGAGCACUUGGAAAGACUAUGCUGCAGUAACUUCCAGAGCCCUAGUUUCACUGCCCUGAAUGUUUCCAGAGACAGUUAUACCUCUUUUAUCUGUUUCUUCAGACCCAUCCACAUCCCAUAUUAUUUAAUGAGCAGCACUGUAAUCGUCCAGCUGCCUUUACAUCCCUAGUUGUGCAAUGAGCCCAGUGAAUCCUAAAGGCUUCCUUGGCUCUCCCUGCUGACUCUGACUGGGAUGUAUGGACGCAGCUGAAAGCUGAAUCCCUUCCCUGUGACAGGUCUUAUGGAGUGCAUCAUGGGUACGUUUGAAGAUGGAGCAUCUACAGCCCAUAUGGGUCUUGGACAUACAGACAAUAAGGACUCAAACUCUGUUUUCUUUGCUGUUCAGAGAUGAGUGUAUAAAUGAGGCCUACAAAAGGGUCUAUUUUCUAUUAAAUGCAUGUUUAAUUGACCAUUACUGUGCAUA